CUCCAUCGAAAAAAUUUAAAAAUAUUGCCUCCCGCCAAACACCCUCCAUCUACGUUUGAUUCAGUCCAUAAUUUUCGGAUUAGCAAUUUUCUGAUUCUCAGUUUCUCCUUUUUGAUGAAAAAAAUGGAAUCCGUGAUAGCAACCGUGAGCGGCUACCACGGUUCUGAGCGAUUCAAUCUAAUCAAACUCAUCUCUCACGCCGGAGCAAGUUACGUCGGCGCAAUGUCUCCGUCAAUUACUCAUCUGGUAUGCUGGAAAUUUGAGGGAAGGAAAUACGAGCUUGCUAUGAAUUUCGGGACAAAAGUAGUUAACCAUCGCUGGGUACAAGAUUGCAUAAAGCAUGGAAAACAUGUUCCGGAAGAUCCUUACAUGUUGCAGAGUGGAGAAGAUGUGGGACCUUUAGUUACGGAAGUGCCGGUUGUUGCUGAGGCAGAUGACUUGAGUAAGAAAGGGAAAGUACUUUCUGAGAGGUCCACUAUUCGUGGAAACUGUGGAAAAGAAGUGUUUGAUGCUGACUAUGGGGGUUCUGAUUUGUCGGCUUGGAUGAAAUCUCCAUUGUUGGACGAGGUGCGUAUUCGACUUUAAUUCAUCUUCUUCCUCUUUUCCUCCUUCCUGUCUUUCCAUUGGAAUUCAUCAAUCAUACGCAAAUUUUAGUUGAUGAUGUAAUUGGAUUUUGAAUUUUGAUAAUCAUGGCAUUCCUGUGACUACUUUUAAUUGAUGUAGCGAUUUUAUGUGUGUUGUUUAAAUUCAUAAUGAGAUUCACUGAUACAAUUUUCACGUGCCUGAGAUUCAUUUCAACAAUAGUUUUAAUGCAGUGUGUUAUUCUUUUUUGUUUAUUAAUUUGUUAUCAUAUCCAUGUCCGAUGUCUGUUUUAUACAUCAAACAUCCUGGUUUAUAGCUUCGGUGUAUUGUAAGCAUUUUCUGCAAUUCAGUUGUUUAAUACUUGAGGUAUGGCAAUCAUUGUUGCCUUUCUUUUUCAGAAUUUGUUCCCUCUGCUCGGGACAAGCAGUGGUGGUUGUCAUAAACUGAAGUCAAAAUCUGUUAGAACUUCAAAGCAGGAGAAUUGGUCUAGUAGUGUGAAAUGCUUUCAGGAGACUCCUUUAUCUGAACUAGGUAGAAAGGAGGUAAUGGCUGUUUGAUCCUUCCCAUGGCUUGAACUUUCUACAGUAUUUUGUAAAGUAAACUUGACUAAUUGUGAUGUUUUUUUAAUUAUCCUAGCCGUUGUUUUUGCUCUACAAAUUUUGGUCAAGAUUUGAAGUUUACACAAUAGUCAUGCUGUAAAAUCUUGUCCAGGAUAAAUUUUUCCUUUUGGACAUUAACCUAUCAAAGUAUUCAUGCUAGAAAAGUUGAAGACCUGAAAAACUGGUACUCAGUAGUUCCCUUACCUUAACUAGCAUCUUUCACACAUAAACACGCAUAAAACAAACUUGCAUCUAUUACAAAAUCAGCUUCUGUUCUUUUCUUCUGUCACUGCAACAGUGAUUUAGUUCAACAUGACAAUAGAUUGGAGUCAAAUAAUUGGGAGGCGUGGGGGUGAGUGGAAUGAAUAGGAGAGAAUAAU